AUGACUUCCACCGCCCUCACAGCAACCGGCACAUCCGCCGCCGCCGCCCCCUCGACGACGGCAUGUGGCUCCCGGCUCUACGACACGCCCGUCCAGGACCGCGUCUGCGCGAUGCCCUACGGCGGCAACCACACCGACAUCAUGUCGGCCUGCUGCCGCGACGCCGACGUCGUCGCCUACUACGACAACUGCGGCCUCUACUGCCUCGCCCUCGGCCAGUCCAUCAAGGACCUCCAGGACUGCCUCUUCGAGCAGGGCGCCGGCUACACCGACGUCUUCUGCCGCGACAACGGCAACGUCAACGCCAGCGCCACGGCGACGGGGAACCCGGACCAGCCACCCGCGUCCGCCCAGGCGAGCGUCGUCGCCUCGGGCGGCGGCGGCGGUGACGACAAGGACGGCGGCGACAACACGGCGAGCGGCACGGGGAGCGGCGCCUCGUCGACCUCCUCGCCCAACGCCGCCGCGGGUGGGCUGCACGCCCCGGCCGGCGUGAGCACCCUCGGCCUGACCGUCGGUGCGCUCCUGUUGUCGGCCGCCACGUUUGGCGCUCUCCAGAUUUGA